GCUCUGGGCUGUAUCCUUUACUUGCUGUGCUUUAGGCAACAUCCUUUUGAAGAUGGAGCUAAACUUCGCAUAGUCAAUGGAAAAUAUGUCAUUCCACAAAACGAUACUCGCUAUUCUGUGUUUCAUGAUCUCAUUCGCUCCACUUUGAAGGUGAACCCGGAGGAGAGACUGUCGAUCACUGAACUUGUUAAUCAACUGCAGGAGAUUGCUGCAGCUAGGAAUGUAAAUCCUAAAUCCCCCAUCACAGAGCUCCUGGAACAAAAUGGAGGCUAUGGAAACAAUGCUCAGCCUCGAACAUCUGUGACCUCUGUUACACAGAGCUCCAAGCCUGUGGGACAGCUCAACAAUAUGUACAAUGCAGGCCUGACCGUUGCGGAAUGCGACCAGACUUAUGGAGGGUUCUUUGAUAUUCUGAGGGGUGGAACAGAGCGAUUUUUCACUAAUAUUAAGGAUACAUCUUCUAAAGUUAUCCAGUCUGUGGCCAAUUAUGCAAAAGGAGACUUGGAUAUAUCAUACAUCACUUCCAGAAUUGCUGUGAUGUCCUUCCCAGCUGAAGGUGUAGAAUCUGCCAUCAAAAAUAACAUAGAAGAUGUGCGGUUAUAUCUGGACUCUAAACAUCCUGGCCACUAUGCUGUAUACAAUCUUUCUCCAAGAACAUACAGGCCCUCAAGAUUCCAUAAUAGGGUUUCUGAAUGUGGCUGGCCAGCAAGACGAGCGCCAAAUCUUCAGAAUCUGUAUAGCAUAUGCAAGAACAUGCAUUUGUGGCUGAAACAAGACCAGAAAAAUGUUUGCAUUGUGCACUGCCUUGAUGGAAGAGCAGCAUCUGCUGUUGUAGUUUGUUCUUUUCUGUGUUUCUGUCGUCUCUUCACUACUGCUGAGGCUGCAGUUUAUAUGUUCAGUAUGAAACGCUGUCCUCCUGGCAUUUGGCCUUCUCAUAAAAGAUACAUUGAAUAUAUGUGUGACAUGAUGGCUGAAGAACCCAUUAUUCCUCACAGCAAGCCCAUCCUUGUCAGAUCAAUCGUCAUGACUCCAGUUCCUCUUUUCAGUAAGCAGCGUAAUGGCUGCAGACCUUUUUGUGAAGUUUAUGUGGGAGAUGAGAGAGUAACCACUACCUCCCAGGAAUAUGACAAAAUGAAGGAGUUUAAAAUUGAAGAUGGGAAAGCAGUAAUUCCACUAGGUAUAACAGUCCAGGGGGAUGUUCUCAUUGUGAUCUACCAUGCCAGGUCAACGCUAGGAGGCCGACUGCAAGCCAAG